GAAUAUCUUUGGUUAUACAGAACCGAUUAAAACAAAUGCACCAAUCCGUGAAUAUUAAAAAAAUGAAUUCAUUUUUGUCAUCCACGAAAGCUGCGUUGACGGAGUUGACUUCACAAUUCGGAAAGUAUAAAAAUAAACCAAUCCAUCUCGCGAUUGGGAAUCAAGCAUGUGACCUUGAUUCUUGUGUGUCUGCAGUUUCAUACGCAUGGAUGAAAUCAAAAUUAACACCUGGCAUUCUGCACGUGCCUGUGAUGAAUUUGAAACGAAAUCUUUUUAGGCUUCGAACAGAAGUUAAUUAUAUAUUUAAAGAACUUUCGGUUGAACCGGAGCAUAUUGUAUUUCUGUACGAUCUUAACUUGUCUUUAUUUAAGAAGUUAAGCAAAGAUGAUCUAACUAUUACUUUGUUGGAUCACCAUUUUAUACAAACGUCCAAUCCACUGAUUGAAUUGAAAUCUUAUGUAACUGAAAUAAUUGACCAUCGUCCAAUUAACCAUGAUAUUCCACCUACCAUAGAGACCAACAUUUAUCAAGUGGGUUCCUGUUCUACUCUGAUAGCUGAGAAAAUGCUGCAGCACUUAAACAGAGAUGAGUUAAUUCCAGAAAUUAUCACUUUGACUUUUGGUUCCAUUUUAGUUGACACUGAUAACUUGACAGCUGACGGUAAAGUGACAUCACGGGAUGUGAAUGUAGUGGAGCUAUUGCUGCAAAAAAGCAAUCGUAACAAACGUGAUCUAAAUGCUUUAUAUACUUCAUUGGCUAAAGCCAAAUUUUCCAUUGAAGGUUUAAAUGCUCAUGAGAUGUUACUAAAAGAUCCAAAAAUAAUUGAAAAUCCAAGCAACACCUUCCGCGUGAUGUUUAGCACAUUACACCAGGACCAGAAUUCUUUCUUUCAGCGAGAAGAUGCUAAAGCCGCAAUUCUUUCCAAUUUAGAAACACAAAAUCUGCAAUCAUGGAUUUCUUUGUCAUCUGUAUCAAUUGAUCAUGAGGGCCAUAAGUACAAACCUAUUGCUGUCCACUGUCCUAAUGAUGAACAAAGAGAAAGGAUUACAACAGCAUUAAUUGAAGCUGAGUCUUUAGACAUAGGGCUAGACACAGAUUGUUCAGAAAGAUUUAACUAUUGUAUAUUUUUAAGAAUGUACAACUGCAAAGCAACUCGGAAACAACUUUUACCUGUAGUCGAUAACCUCUUGCAAUCCUAAAAGUAACUUUGUGCUUUUAUAUUACAUAUAUAUAUAUAUAUGUUACGUAAACACCUCAUACUUUCUCAUUGGAAUGAGCUGGUUGCUACUUUAUUUGUUUGUUAAUGUAUAAAUAACUUCAUGUUAAUCAUACACCUUAGUGAAUGCAACUUGCACCUCAAACUAUGUGUACUCAGUAGUCUAAUUUCCUGCUUCAAUACCCUGCUUAUAAGUUAAUCAUUAAUGCAAAUAAUGCAUAGCUAGUUAUACCCAUAUAAGAAGCCUAGCCCAAUUUGUAUUACCACUAGUUGGACUAAGUUUAGUGCUAGAGCUGCUCUAAUAAAUUUGAUUAUUUUUCAGUGUAUAAUGCAUUGGUUAAAUGUUGUUAAUUUGUUUGUAAUGUUUACUACACCAUGAGGUUUGUGGUGAAAAUAUAUGUGAGGUUUUCUCCCU